ACAGAUCCAUGAGUCACUAGCCACCUUGAAAGGAAAAAGCCAAGGGAGGAGAGCAAAGUACUUUAUAACUUGUAGGAUUUUCUUGACAAUCAUUUCCUUAUUAGCUGAUGGAAAACCUAUGCUGCUUCUGUGUGCAUCAUACGCGGUGGAAAACCAAACCAAUCCCCACAAGCAGGUGAUAGAAAAGAUUUCUUCAACUCAAGCGGAUUAAUUCCAUGUGACAGUUAAUUUUGCUCGAUACAAGCAUUAUGGUAUACAGUUGAAGAUCUUUUAGCAUGCUGACAGUAGCAAACAGUAAUAAUAUGCAAUCAAUAAAGCAAGAAGUGGACUCCAAUCAGUCCUACAGUGGAGAGGAUGCCCUGUGCCUGGCUGUGGCUUUACAAGGGACCAACAGAGACCUCCUGAGCCACAAAAUCUCUGCACUUCCUUUCAAGGCUAAAUCUGCUUGUCGUAGGAAAAGGGAGUUUAUCCCAGAGGAAAAAAAAGACACCCUGUACUGGGAGAGGCGUCGUAAAAACAAUGAAGCAGCCAAGCGUUCAAGGGAGAAGCGACGCAUAAAUGAUAUGGUGCUAGAGAACAAAUUGGUAGCACUUGGCGAGGAAAAUGCCUCCCUCAAGGCUGAGCUGCUGUCAUUGAAGUUGAAGUUUGGAUUGGUGAGCUCGACAGCAUAUGCCCAAGAAGUCCAACGGUUAUCCAGCUCCGCCGCUCUUAACCUCCACCAAAUGUUUAUUCCACCCAAUGCUAGCCAAGGUUUUACCAGCAAAGAAAAGGAGCCUAUUCACCUGCGCAGCAGCUGCAUAUCAGUCAUCAGGCAUUCACCUCAUAUGCCCAAGACAUUUACCGCAACUCAGGGUAGCUUUACUGUCUGCAGGAAUGCAGAGGUCAAGCAGGAACCGGGAGAGAAUGGCAGCUAUAGACAAGAGCAAGGUAGUCCCUAUGAACUCUACAAACCUGGCAUAGCCAGCCCUUUGUCUGGAGUCUACACUCAGUCUGCAUCAUUCAUGCAGAUCAUGAGGUCAUCUAGUAACUCACCCAGGAGCUCGGAUGAUGGUGCAGUUAGCAAAUCAUCUGAUGGUGAGGAUGAGCAGCAGGUCCCCAAAGGGUUGAUGCCAUUUGUAGUAGACCCAAGAAGCAUCAUUGUCUCCACACAUAAAGUGCCAGAUGGUAGUUCUUCAGCUUUACCCCAUAAACUGCGGAUUAAAUCCAGAACCGUCCAAAUCAAAGUGGAGGCAAUCGACCCCGAAUACGAAUCCUCUGGAAAGUCCUCUUCUCCUGUCAGUAUUUCAGAGGGAGAAUGCUACCAGGCCACAAAAAGCACUUUUGGUUGCACACAGGCUUCUCACUGCCCUUUGUCAGUACAGGUCACCAACAUGCAAGACUGGAGCCAGCAGUCUGAGCAAUGGCAUGUAAGCCACGCAAUGACACUGCAGGGUGGGUGCACGAAUAAUGAUGAGUCCUCAAGCCCCGUGUCAAACAAAACCAUUGUGGAUGUAAAAGACUCUUCCUAUGCACACUUGCAUGCAGAAGACUGGUAUGUAAAACAGAGCUUUGGCACCCUGUCUCCCAGAGCAGUCGCUUCCAAAAGAGAACAGGUACCUGGAAUAGAUUCUACCAAAAGCGUCGCUGAUCAUCAUGAGACAUGAGUUUCUCUGAAUGACAAUUGUAUGCUUAGCAUUAUAUUUGCUGUUUCACUGUGUGGACAUUUGGGUUAAACAAUGUUUUCUUUUGGUAAAUUUUCAAAUAAAUGAGUUUGAAUAAAAUACUAGAGUCACAAAUAAUAGUUUUUGUGUAUCCAGGCUAUUUUCCAGUGAAGGUUGAGGAGAAAUGGAAUUACCCACAUUGUCAUAUGAUAAAUUUAGUAUAAUAUUCCUGUUCCUCUUACAAAGGCUAUUUCACUUAAUAAUGCCAGUUCAUUGUACUUUGGCUUUUUCCAAUCCAAACUUACUGUUAAUGAAACCAACACUUUAUGGCAUUGUUUGUGUUAAAUUACAUCAUUAACAGAUGGGUUUUAUGUCAUUUAACAAAGCAGGAAGCUAUUUAAUGUGAAGUGAACAGUGGAGAAGACUGGAAUGUUGAAGUGGUAAUUGGAACUAGUCUAUGUAGCAGCAGAGUGGUGAAAACUGAUAAAGGUUAAACUGUACGUGACAAAUUAUUCAGCAUCAUGUCCCUCCACGUUUUGCAAAGUAAAAUAGGAUCACAUGCAUAAGUAGCCUAAGUAAGGAUUUUCUGGGUACUUUGAGAAUUUGCUAUAGACUGUUAUUGUGUAAAACAUUGUGAGUGAAAGGUUUUUUUUGGUUUGUUUGUUUUCAAGAGUCCAAACUGUUCAUGAUUGCUAUCAUAGAGCGUUGCCUAUUGAUAUGUACCUGCUGUUGUUGAGCGCUGCUUUUUUCUUUUUUUUUCUUUUAUUUUGUGGCGCUGAAAAAAGGUUCCAGUUGUUAACAGCAGCCCUCCCCCCUGCUGUCAAUUUGUGGCCAGGAGCAGCCUGGCCAUUAUUUGCCUUGAAGCUGAAAUUCUUCAUGUUUUAAGUCAUAUUAUUGGUUUGUAUGUUUGUGUAGUGCCAGAUUACUUUUCUUUUAACAACUUCCUUAAAGUGAAUGAAAGUUUUAUACUUCUUUUCAGAAUUAUUUUGAGGAAUUGGUUUGAAAGUUACAGAUUGUUAAGAGAGCAUUUGUGUUCAGCCUUGUUCUUUUGGUAAUGUAAAGCCUGCUUAUUGACAUUAAACAUUCAUUUAACAGCACCUGGAGGCUUAAACAUUUAGUCAAUAACAUUGUCACAAACUUCCACCAGUGGGCUGAAACACAGCCACAUCCCUACUGGAGUUUAAGAAAAGAAUGAUACAGAUUUUGACUCAAACUUUAGUACAACUUUUAAAUAGGCUCUGCUUCACUCACUGUUUCACUGUUUGCCAAACUUUGUUUUGCUUUUUCAUUAUUUUGUUGAUUACUUAAACUUUCCAGGCUGCUGGUUAAAGCGAGAUUGUGAGUGACAUUUGCUGGAGAAUUGUACAUUUCCUUAACCUUGACAGGACUGUAGUUGGAUUUUGCAAAGCUUUGAAAUAUUUUUGAAUUACACAAUGCUCAGUUUAUGGAAGAAAGGAUCUCAACCCUAAAGUUUCUGUUACUAUGUAGAAUCCAGAGCCAUCAGUAAUCAUCAUCAUCAUAUAUGCCUUGUUUGCUGUUUGUAGCAAAUUGGGGUGGUCACAUAUUACUAUGUGACUUUCUAUAUAGUUAAUAUAAAUGAGCAAGUUAAAUCAAACAUAGCUGGUAUCAUGUCAAAUAAUUUACUUUAUUUCAAAUACAUUGUAUGUGCAUAUUAUGCCAUAGUUGGAAAUGAUAAUCAUAACUCAUUUUUUCCAGCAGCUUCAAGCUUUAUUGUAAUGUGAGCUUUUAUUCACAAUAAAUGUCCUGUCAUUAAAUA